AUGGCCGACAAGAAGAACGAGGACUAUGUUGUCCGCAUGCCGGAGAGCGAUGCGUUUUCGGAAAAGGGCUUCAGCAGCCGGUCCAGCACGUAUUCGUCGCGUGUCGGUCACGGCUCCGCCGCACCGCUGAACAUCAACCAGCUGGACAACAGCCCGGGCCUGUCCAUCCUGGCGUAUUGUUUGGCGUCCAUCAGCAUGACCGUGGUCAACAAAUACGUCGUCUCUGGCAGCGCCUGGAACCUCAAUUUCCUCUACCUUGCCAUCCAGUCCACGGUCUGCAUACUGGCCAUCCUGUUUGGCAAGCAGGUCGGCCUGAUCAAGCACCUCUCUCCAUUUGAUCCGGAAAAGGGCAAACGAUGGUUCCCCAUCUCGCUCCUGCUCGUCGGCAUGAUCUACACCGGUGCCAAGGCGCUGCAGUUCCUCUCGGUCCCCGUGUACACCAUCUUCAAGAACCUGACGAUCAUUGUGAUCGCGUACGGCGAGGUGCUCUGGUUCGGCGGCCAGGUGUCCCCGAUCACGCUGCUCUCGUUCGGCCUGAUGGUGCUGAGCUCCAUCAUCGCCGCCUGGGCCGACAUCCAAGCCGCACUCAACAGCGUCGGCCACACGGCCGCGGCCACCGAGGCUAUCUCGACGCUGAACGCUGGCUACGCCUGGAUGGGCCUGAACGUCUUCUGCUCGGCCUCGUUUGUCCUGGGCAUGCGCAAGGUGAUCAAGAAGAUGAACUUUAAGGACAAGGACACCAUGUUCUACAACAACCUCCUCAGCAUCCCGAUCCUAGUGGUGUGCUCUCUCCUGCUCGAGGACUGGUCCAGCGAGAACCUGGAGCGCAACUUUCCUGUGGAGACGCGGACGAAGCUGCUGAUCGGCAUGGUGUAUUCGGGGCUGGCUGCUAUCUUCAUCUCGUACUGCUCGGCCUGGUGUGUGCGCGUGACGUCGUCGACGACGUACUCGAUGGUGGGCGCGCUGAACAAGCUGCCCAUUGCCGUCAGCGGUCUCGUCUUCUUCGACGCCCCCAUCACGUUUGGCAGCGUGGCGGCCAUUGCGCUCGGCUUUGUCAGCGGCCUGGUGUACGCGUGGGCCAAGGUGCGGCAGUCGGUCAAGCCGAGCGAGUCGCUGCCGAUGCAGCAGCCGGUGAUGAGCGCCAGCUCGCAGAGCAGCAAGGACGCGUCGAACGCGUGA